UACGCAGGACGUGCAGCGGUUCAAAGAGGAAGGAAGAUGGCGGACAACAAAGACGAAGAGGAUAUGAAAACGUCUGCCAAUUCGGACUCUGUGCCUUCAGCGCGGGACACCGGGCAGCCAGGGACGAAGGUGGAAAACGCGCCAAUAGUCAUCGAAGCGACCGCGGAGGGAGAUGAAGAGACGGAGCCCCGCGACGCCGCGAACGACGCGCCGACACCCACCAGCGACGGAGGGGACGCCGGCGGCGGCGCGGCGGCCGGUGCGGGCGGGGAAGCGAACGGGAGCGCUAGCGACGCCGCUAGCCCGGCGGAGACCAACGGCUCCGGCGCAGAAGCGGCGGCGGCGGCGGCGGCCGAAGCCCCGUCCGCCGGGGAUGCCCCCGCCGCCGGACUCGCCGCCGAGAUGUCGCCCCCUCCCGCUGCUCCGGCGGCCACGCCGGUGUCCGCUCCCGUCAAUUUACUGGAUACGUGCGCAGUGUGUAAACAAAGUCUACAGAGCCGCGAGUGUCAACCGAAACUUCUGCCUUGUCUGCACUCGUUCUGCCUCAAAUGCAUCCCGCAGCCCGACAGGCAAAUAAGCGUACAGGUCCCCGGUCCGCACGGGCAGGCUGACACGCACAUAGUAAAUGUCAUGCGGUGCUCAGUGUGCCACCAGGACUACAAACAGAGUGACAUCGUUGACAACCACUUUGUCAAAGAUACCACAGAGGCCACCAGCACGUCUGAUGAAAAGUCUGCGCAGGUGUGCACAAGUUGUGAGGACAACGCAGGAACCAUAGGCUUCUGUGUGGAGUGCGGCGAGUGGCUGUGUCAGACCUGCGUGGAGGCCCACCAGAGGGUCAAAAUUACCAAGGACCACAAGAUACGCACAAAGGAGGACGCUGACGCUGAUGCUUCCUCCGACUCUGUCGCUACGUCGGGGCAGCGGCCUGUUUUCUGUCCUAUCCACAGGCAGGAGCCCCUGAAGCUUUUCUGUGAGACCUGUGACACUUUAACCUGUAGGGACUGCCAGCUGCUAGAGCACAAGGAGCACAGGUACCAGUUCCUGGAGGAGGCUUUCCAGCACCAGAAAGCCAUCAUUGAGUCCAGCAUAGCCAAGCUACAGGAAAAGAAAAACUAUGUUCAUUACUCUGCCUCUCAGGUGCAAAGCAGGUUAAAAGAGCUGAAUGACACUCAUAGGAAGGUGGAGCAUGAAAUCAAGAUCGCCGUAUUUACUCUCAUUAAUGAAAUCAACAAGAAGGGCAAGUCCUUGCUGCAGCAGUUGGAGAGCGUAACCAAAGAGCGCAGUAUGAGGCUUGUGGCUCAGCACAAGGAUACUGCCCAGCUGGGCCAACAGAUCAACCACGUGCUCAACUUUUGUCAUUGUGCGACCACGACUGGCAGCAGCACCGCACUGCUCUACAGCAAGAGGCUGAUCCUUUUCCAGCUUCACCAGCUCUUCAAAGCUAGACUGGAGCCAGCGCCCCAGGCCAAUGGAGUUGUGCGCUUCUUCUGUGACCCCACCUUCUGGGCCAAAAAUGUGGUGAAUCUAGGUAAUUUGGUAAUCGAGAAACCACCUCCAUCUGCGCAUCCGCCCACUGUGAUGGCAGGAGGACAGUCUAUGUCACCAGGCCAGGGUCACCACGGCAAACCCGCAGGACAGAUCAACCUGGCCCAGCUCCGGCUGCAGCACAUGCAGCAGGCAGCUUACGCACAGCAGAAGCAGCAGCACCAACAGCAUCAGCAGCACCAACAGCAGCAGCAGCACCAACAGCACCAACAGCAGAUCCAGCAACAGAUGCGCAUCGCUUCGCAAAUGUCCCAGCAGCACGCCAGACAGGCUGCUCCAAACAUGGUUCAGCAGCAGCCUCCCAGGCUCAUCAGUAUGCAGCAGCUACCCAGAGGGCCUGGGGGUAUGAACGGUGGCCCAGGUCCCUCAAUGUACCCCUCCUCCCACCACAUGCGUCUACCAGGUCCACCACAGGGCCGAAUGCCCACCGCCCAGCCAAGACUCAAUGGACAGCAGUAUCCCCCCAUGAUGCAGCCUCAGCUACAGAGACAGAUGUCUAUAGAAUCUGAGAUGAGCCACCCAAGGUUUCGUUUCUUACUACAAUCAGGGCAUUCCAACCCGGGGCACGCAGGCCCUUUUCCGGUGGCAUCCCUUCACAAUGCCAACCCCACAAGUCCCACCAGUGCCAGUAUGGCUGGUAACCAUGCUCACCGUGGCCCUGCCAGCCCCAUCAUAGGUCCCAUCGAGCUCAUCCCCUCUGUUACUAAUCCUGAGAACCUGCCCUGCCUACCUGAGAUCCCGCCCAUUCAGUUGGAGGAUGCGGGUUCCAGCAGCCUUGGACACCUCCUCUCUCGCUACAUCACAGCCAGCACGCAGCAUCAGCUGGGCUCAGUAGAUAUGAAUCCCUCACCAGGACUGUCCACACACUCGCCAGGAUCUUCAGGUCUGUCCAAUGCCCACACACCAGCACGACCGUCAAGCACAUCCAGCACAGGCAGCAGAGGAAGCUGUAGCUCUGCUGGGAGGACGGGGCCAGGAAGUGGAGCUGCGGUGGAGCAGGUGAGGGUGAAGCAGGAGCCGGGUACUGAAGACAGCUUCAGCUGUCCAGCCUCUUCUCUGAAGACGGAGCGCAGCAAAGAUGCCGGGAGGAGUGCCUGCAUGAUGAGCAGUCCUGAGAACAGCCCCCUCCCUGCAGUAGGAGUCGGAGUCCAAGACGCCCUCAAGUCUCUAGGGGACCACAUCAAAACAGAACCCCAGUCCGAGACACCUUGCUCUGAACUAAACGGCUCCGGUGCAGCCACGUCAUCAUCUUCUUCUUCUUCCGCUGCCACUAUGACCACCCCUACCUCGUCCUACACAGAGAACAGCAGCAGCACAACGGGUCCUCCGCUCACCAAUGGGAACAAGGCGACUGAGGCGCACAAGGGCAAAGAGAGCACAGGGUCUGCUGGGAAAGAGGAUGACCCCAAUGAAGACUGGUGUGCCGUUUGUAUCAACGGUGGAGACCUGCUGUGCUGUGACCACUGUCCCAAAGUGUUUCACAUGAAAUGCCAUGUACCCACCAUAAAAAUCUUCCCAAAGGGCGACUUCCUCUGCACUUUCUGCCGGAGCCUGUCCAGCCCUGAGAUCGAGUACUGCGAUGACAGCAGGAAAAUUAAAGGAGAGCAGGCCCUGAAUCCGGAGGACCAACGGAAAUGUGAACGCCUCCUGCUGUACAUCUUCUGUCACGAGCUCAGCGUGGGCUUUAGGAAUCCUGUUCCUAGCUCUGUGCCCAACUACUACAAGAUUAUCAAGCAGCCCAUGGACCUGAAGCGGGUGAAAAAGAAGCUGCAGUUACGGAGCUCCCAGUACUACAAAUCCCCCCAGGAGUUUGUGUCCGACAUGCGCCUGGUCUUCCAGAACUGUGCAAAAUACAAUGAGAUGUCUCGAAUAAUCCAGGUUUAUGAUGAGGAGAAACAGAUUAAUACACAGGUGGGAUCAGAGAUGGCGAUAUCCGGGACCGCGGUGGGUGUCUACUUUGAGGAGAAGCUGCAAGAGAUGUUUCCUGGGCAGAGCUUCCCAGAAACGCCCGAGCCCGAUCCCAGAGACGAGAAGGAGGAGAAGGAGGAGAAGGAGAAGGAGGACGAUGACACAGACUCAGAUGACGACUUCAUACAGCCCAGGCGCAAACGUUUAAAAACAGAUGAGAAAGUGCUCCACAUCAAGUGAGAUCAAUCCUUUCGUGAAACGAAGAGAGGUGAAAAACUGUCUUCCUCGUGCCCCCCCCCCCACAGACACUUUUCUUUUGUUUGAGGCAACAAAAAAGACGAUUCGCUGUACAAAGUGCUAGGUUUAUCUGAUUCUCGCCUUCGGAAGAAUUGGCCACUACAUUGGAAAUCUGCCUCUGUCCGAACUCGUGAGGACAAAAACACAGAAGAGCUGCGUUUCCCCGCUUAUUUUCGUGGACUACUCGACUUGCUUUGUACAGAUUGUGAUGUAGGACUUGCUUUGCAGUAGUAAACGAUUGGUCCCUUUUCUUUUCUAUCAUCCAUUCUCAUUUGUAGAAUUGCUGUGACGGUUGCUUUAUAAAACGUUCAAAUCCUGUGUUCUGUUCACUGUAUUAUAUCUUAUCCUUUGACAUGAAACCCGACAAGUAUUUGUACGACCUUGUGGAAGCAUUAUGUAAAUAAGAGAAUCUAGCCCACUGAAGCUAUUCCUACAAUGUAGAUGUUUGGGUGCGUCAUCAAUAAAAACCUGUUCUUGAAAUAUA